AUGAGUUCAUGCACAGAGCUCUUAUCAUUAAACAGUUCAUUAUUUUCAUACUGUUCCCAAUUAUCUCGUUUCGAGAUGCCUCCAAAAAUUACAUAUAUAUCCUAUGGAUGUUUUCGUGCGACAACAUCAUUAACAGAGAUCAUAUUACCAGAUUCAGUAACAGAGAUCGCCGGCUAUGAUGUUACUCAUUUUCGAGUUUUUGGUGAUAGCGGAUUAAAGCGAGUUGGAAUUUCCGAAAAUUCUCAACUUCGAAAACUCGGCACUGAUGUAUUUUCUAACACUCAAUUGACAUAUUUCUAUAUUCCUCAAUAUUGUACUGAUAUUGGACCUUCUAGUUUCCAAGGAUGCCCCAUUACAGAGUUUAGAAUUGAUUCACGAAACACCAUAUUUAAAACAGAUAAAAAGAUCAUUUAUACAGGAAAUGAUAACUCAACAAUAUUUUUUGUUUCAUCAGUUUUGACAGGGACAUUUUAUAUCCCGCCUUAUGUUACAUCAAUUGGGAAAAACAGUUUCAGAGGUAGCAAGUUAUCUUAUGUGAUUUUACAUGAUCGCGUUUCUAGCAUAUCUUCAUAUUGCUUUUGUGCGAGUUCUAUUAAAGAAUUUACCUUUAAUAGUAUGUUAACUAUUGUCAUCAGUAACAUGUUUUCAUUCAAUGUUGUAAUUACUAAAGUAAAUCUUACCGAAUCAAUUGUUACAAUUGAAGAUUCUGCCUUUUACAACUGUGUUAAUUUGAAAGAUAUUAUUUUGCCAAAAUCAUUGAAAACAAUCAGUUAUGGUGCAUUUGAAAAUUGCAGAUCAUUGACUCAUAUUUCGUUACCUGCAAAUUUGACUUCAUUAGGUGCGGGAGUAUUCAGUGGAACAAGUAGUUCGUUGGUUAUUGAUUCUCAAAAUCCAAGUUUCCAAGUUGAUGAUUAUAUUAUGUUGAAAGAUUCGAAUCAAACCGUUUUCUAUUAUCUUGGUUCAGAUUCGAAAUAUGAUGUUCGAAUCCGAAAUAGUUGCAAUCGAAUUGAUCCAGGCACAUUUAAAUCCAAGAGUUUGCGAAGUGUUAUUUUCGAUAACAAUGAAAACAUUGUUAUUGGGGAAAGUGCAUUUGAACUCUCAACUAUCCAAACAAUUUCAUUUCCCAGAGGUUUAUCACAGAUUGAUCGACAAGCAUUCCGAGAUUGUUCAUUAUUAACUAGUGUAACAUUCGAAGGCGAGCUUAUUACAAAAAUUCCCGAUUUUUGUUUCUAUAACAAUCCAAAAUUGAAAACGAUUACUCUUCCCAAGUCUAUCCAAAGCAUCGGAACUUCUGCGUUCCAAUAUUGUCCAUCAUUACAAGACAUCGGAUUAUCAGCACUUCAAAACAUACAAACUAUCGGUAUGCAAUCAUUUGCUAACAUUGGUUUAACCACAGCAAAUCUUGCGACAUCCAUUUCAUCUGUUGGUCUUCAAGCAUUCUAUAGCAGCAAAGUCACCGAAAUCACUAUCAGCUGCAGUAUUCCACAAGAAAUGUGCCGCUUAUGCGAUGAACUUACCACACUUAACCUUCGAGGAAAUGUUGAAUCCAUCGGCAAAUUUGCAUUUUAUGAAUGCUCAUCUUUGACAGGAUUCACCAUUCCAUCCGAUUUGCAGCGAAUAUAUGAUUUUGCAUUCCAAUCGUGCACAAGCUUAUCAGAUAUCAGAAUGGAGAUGGAUGGCAAUCUCAAAAGCAUCGAAGGUGGUUGUUUCUAUGAUUGUCCUAAUCUUCGAACGAUCACAUUGAAUCCAGAUGACCGACGAUUCUUGUUUGAGAAUGGUGCAUUGACAUACUAUAAUAAAUCCAAACUCAUUGUUUUCCUUCCAUAUAGCGGCAUCAAGAACUUCAUUGUUCCCAUGGACAUGGAAGAGAUCGGAAGCUGUGCAUUCAUGGGCAGUCCAAGUUUGAUCCGCGUUUUCUUCAAUGGUAACAAGAUCAAAGAUAUUGGAUAUCAAUCAUUCAAGGACUGUCCAAAUCUAAACUUGAUUUUCUUCUCAUCUCCAAGCUUGAAAACCAUCGGAACUGAUGCCUUCAAAGGAUGUCCACUUCUCAGGAAAUGCGGUGCUUUUUCAGUUCCAGCAUCCAUUCAAAACACAUUUCUCAAUGUCGGCAUUCCAAAGAUUGCAUUUUCCGACGACUGUGAUCCAAUGAAUUCCUGCAAGAUUGGCCACAAGAUUGCAAUUUCACCCGAAUUACUAUUUCCAUUCCUAUACAUGUAA